AUGGAUUCUAAUUUGCCUUUUGGAGGAAAAGUUGUAGUUUUUGGUGGAGAUUUUCGGCAAACUUUGCCAGUUAUUGAGCGAGCAACAAAGCAUGUCCUCAUAGAAUCAAGCUUUCCUAACUCUAUUCUCUGGUCUACGUUACACAAACUGAAACUCACGCAGAAUAUAAGAGCCAUGUUAGAUCUUGUUUUCUCUCAGUUCUUAUUAAGAAUAGGCGAGGGAAGAGAGCCUGUAGAUGCAAACGGCGAAAUCGCUUUAUCACCUGAUAUAGUUAUUCCUUAUUAUUAUAAAGAUCAAUCUUUAAAUAGGUUAGUUGAGAGUGUUUUCCCAGAUUUGCAGCUGUAUUCUAAAGAUCCUUAUAGGAUGAUAAAUAGAUGCAUCCUUGAUCCCAAAAAUAGCUCUGUCGAUGAGCUGAAUGAGCUAUUGAUAAACAAAUUUCCUGGAAAUGUUCAAAUUUAUAUCAGUUCAGAUCGGACUGUUGAGCAGCGGCACCAAGGUGACUAUGAAGAUUUUCUAAAUUCGCAGAAUCCAAAAGGACUUCCUCCUCAUAAGUUGCUGCUAAAAGAAAACUGUCCUAUUAUGCUUUUAAGGAAUUUAAAUCCUAAUGAAGGAUUGUGUAAUGGGACAAAGUUAAUAUGUAGAGAGCUUAGCUUGAAUAUCAUUUCUACAGAAAUUGUUUUUGGCAUUCACGCUGGGAAAACAGUCUUCAUCCCAAAAAUACCUCUUCAGACCUCUGACAAUGAAAGGAAUGGGAUUCCGUUCAUAAGAACUCAAUUUCCUGUCCGCCUUUGUUUUGCUUUAACCAUUAAUAAGGCACAGGGACAAACUCUUGACUAUGUGGGUCUUUACUUGCGUGAACCUGUUUUUUCUCACGGACAGCUUUACGUUGCACUUUCUAGAGCUAGAACUGCUGCUGACCUUAAAGUUCUUCUUAUUCCUGGAACUUUUGAUGAGAAAAAGAUUGACUGCAGAACUAGGAACAUUGUCUUUAAUAAAAUCUUUCAUUUGACUCAGCAGUAA